AUACAGUACAUUAACCCGGUCUCGUUUCUCCCUCCUCUUCUGUCUCCUCCCUCUUCCCUCUGGCAGGUGGAGGUGGAAGUAGAGAGUAUGGACAAGGCUGGUAACUUCAUCGGCUGGCUUCACAUCGAGGGGGUCAACCUGUCGGUGGCGCUGGUAGAGAACGCCCUAUCGAAGGUCCACUUCACGGCCGAGCGCAGCUCCUACUACAAGACCCUGGUAUCCGGAGAGGAGGCCUCUCGUCUCAGGAAAGACAAGAUCUGGGCCAACUAUGAGGAGAAGAAGGUGGAGGAGGUGGUGCACGUGACGGAGGAGAAAGAGCGCACAGCCAACUACAGAGCUGUGUAUGUCACCGAGAUCACGGACACCAUGCACUUCUACACCCAGGACGUGGAGACAGGCACCCAGCUGGAGAACCUGAUGGAGACCAUGAGGGCAGAGAUCGCCGCCCAGCCCCCAGUGGAGGGCUCGUACGCCGCCCGCCGAGGGGACUACUGCAUCGCCAAUUUCUCCGCCGACGGAGAGUGGUACAGAGCCCGGGUAGAGAAAGUUCAAUCGCCAGCAAAGGUCCAUGUGUUCUACAUCGACUAUGGCAACAGAGAGAUAGUACCGUCCACGCGCCUGGCUGUCAUUCCCCCGGCCUUCAGCACUCGGACCCUGGCUGCACAAGCCACUGAGUACACCUUCGCCUACAUCCAGGUCCCACAAGACGAGGAUGCGCGUGCUGACGUGGUGGACAGUCUGGUGCGGGACAUCCAGAACACCCAGUGUCUACUCAACGUGGAGCACAGCGGCGUCACCUGCCCCCACGUCACACUGCAGUUCGCCGACUCCAAGGACGACGUGGGCCUCAGCCUGGUCAAGGAGGGCAUGGUCAUGGUGGACGUGCGGAAAGAGAAGCACCUGCAGAAAAUGGUGACGGAGUAUCUCAACGGUCAGGAGUCUGCCAAGACUGCCAGGCUCAACAUCUGGCGCUACGGAGACUUCCGCGACGAUGACGCAGACGAGUUUGGCUACAAACUAAAAAAAUGAAAAACGCACGGCGCCAUUCCAAAGACCAACGCGGAAGACGAGAUGCACUCAUUGGACGAGAAAAAGUGACAGAAAACAAUUCAACGAAAAUAAAACAAAAUAAAGGACAAGCAUUGACUCUCUCUCUUCCUUUUAUUCCAUGUUCAUCCUUCCGGUCCUCUCUCCUGCUACUCUGUGCAUCCCUUCCUCCUCCUCCUCCUCCUCCUCCUCCCUCCUGACUCUGAAAGAGCAUGCUAUAGCUAUGAACUCAUAAAAACAGUGACUGUCCAAUCCUUCCUCUUCUCCACCCUGCCUGAGCCACUACCAGUUGUUCUUAUCAUGUCCCCCCCCCCCGCUGCAGAGCUCCGUUAAUUAACAUGGCAUCCUUUCAACACGUUUCCUGAUUAGUGACGUCAUGCGCCCACGUCAGCUAAUCAUGUGCAUCGCUACCUUACCCUAUCCCUACCACAGCCAAUCCCUCCUAUCCGUUGAACAGGAAAGGGGCUAGGCCUUGAGAAGGGGGAUUUAAGCAGAGGAUCCAUUCACUUUUAAUAUUAACAGCUUUUUGCAGAGAGAAACGCUUCCUUAAUGAAUGACAAGAAAUGAAUAAUGCUGUUUUAUGAAGUUUAUUUUAAAAAGCUAGCUGGAGAGCCACACCAACCGGACGAGCUUAUUUCUGUCCUUGAUGUAUACCUAUGUCAUAUGACGUUUAAUGACGUUUAUGUUGGGAGUGUUUUAUUCUCGUCUUUCUUCUCUCUCGUGGCCAGAACACCUUGACAAACAGCAUUUUCUCAUCUUCCUCCUCCCUCUUUCUGUAAUGUUUACAUAUGAUGGUGACAUGAUGAUCUCUCUCUCUCUCUCUCUCUCUCUGUCUCUGUAUGCCGUAGCAGAAACAGUGUUUGAAUUUGUUUCCUUAUGACAGCCCUUGUCGUUGUAUUAAAAAAUUCUGCUGAAUAAAAAUGAGCAAAUGAUUAAAAA